CUGAGGCGCUCAGGCCGGCGGCGAUGGAGGAGGGCAUGAGCAGCAUGCAGCAGAAAGCGGCGGAGCUGGAGCACAUGGCCGAAGUCCUGAUCACCGGCGAGCAGCUCCGGCUCCGACUGCAUGAAGAAAAGGUCAUUAAGGAUCGGAGACACCACCUCAAAACGUACCCAAACUGCUUCGUUGCCAAAGAGCUGAUUGACUGGCUGAUCGACCACAAAGAGGCCUCUGACAGGGAGACAGCCAUUAAACUGGUGCAGAAAUUACUGGAUCACAGCAUUAUCCACCAUGUCUGUGAUGAGCAUAAAGAAUUCAAGGAUGUCAAACUGUUCUACCGCUUCAGAAAAGAUGAUGGGACGUUUCCACUGGACAAUGAGGUGAAGGUGUUCAUGAGAGGACAAAGACUCUAUGAAAAGCUGAUGAGUUCUGAGAACACCCUUCUGCAAGCCAGGGAAGAGGAAGGAGUCAAGUACGAGCGGAGCUUUGUAGCCUCGGAGUUCAUGGACUGGCUGGUCCAGGAGGGAGAGGCAGCGACACGGAGCGAAGCGGAGCAGCUCGGCCGCCGGCUGCUGGAGCACGGCAUUAUACAGCACGUGUCCAACAAGCACCAUUUUAUGGACAGCGACUUGCUCUACCAGUGCAGAAUGAAUUUCCGGCGGCGGCGGCGACUGAUGGAGCUCCUCACUGAGAAAUCUCGCUUGAUGCCAGAAAGCCAUGACAGCCCCUUUUGCCUGCGCAAGCAGAACCAUGACAACAGGAAACACACCAGUUUUCUCUCAGUGAGUCCCACCAAGGAGAUAAAGAUCGUGUCGGCAGUGCGGAGGAGCAGCAUGAGCAGCUGUGGCAGCAGUGGCUACUUCAGCAGCAGCCCAACGCUCAGCAGCAGUCCCCCCGUGCUCUGCAACCCCAAAUCUGUAUUAAAGAGACCUGUGACUGCUGAUGAGCUCUUGAUGCCUGGAGCCCCAUAUGUUAGAAAAACUUUUACGAUCGUUGGUGAUGCCGUGGGCUGGGGCUUCGUGGUGCGGGGGAGCAAACCCUGCCACAUCCAGGCUGUGGACCCCAGUGGGCCAGCAGCUGCAGCUGGGAUGAAGGUUUGCCAAUUUGUCGUGUCUGUCAAUGGCCUCAAUGUUCUCCAUGUGGAUUACAGGACAGUAAGCAACCUCAUCCUGACUGGCCCUCGAACAAUUGUGAUGGAAGUGAUGGAAGAAACGGAGGCCUGAGAAGGCAAAAAACCCUAUUACUGGACAUUUUUGUGACAAAUAGCAACAGCCAUGGAGCGGCAUGACACAAGGCAGCAGAAUGUUAUUGUGUCUGAUGUUUUUGCUUUUAGGGGAGGGGGUUCUCUUUCAUUUAACAAUAAUAGCACUGGUGAUUAUGCUAAGGUGUGAGCAAUAGAUACCAGCAUAUCUUCACUGCGGACUUCUCUGUGCCCAACAGAGACAAGAUCAGGGCCUUUAGGUGGUCUGUCCAGCCAUGGCUGCAUGGGUCAGAAUGGGUUCCAGCCUAAGAGGCCGUGGACCUCCAGUCCAGUCCACUACUGGAUCAAAGCACUUCAGGAGGUGAAAGAGACAAGCUCUGUGAGGUCAGGAUGUCACAGAUGGUUUCCAUGAGAUACUGACAGUGAUAAACAUUGUCCUGGUGUCCAGCUUUGUCCCUGGAGCAUGUGCAGUCACAGUUACUCUCUCCUUGGGCUGAGGGACAGCUGACUAAAUCCUGGCUUGAUUAUAGUCAAACACAAAUGAACUGCAAAUGCAUGACAAAAGUGUCUGUGCUCUGUAGAGGAUAGUCUGGUAUGAAUGUUUGGGCUUGACUGAUUACACGGGUUAGUCUAGAAAGAAAAGGGAAAAACGUGUGGUACUUUUACAGAAACUGCCUUUGAAAAUUGGUCUUUUGGUUUCAAUGCCUGUGUGCUGGAUUAGAUGCUUGAGUAUAAAAUAAUGAUUUUGAGGUUUUUUCCAUAUCUGUAAAGGAAAGGUGCCUCAGUCUUGCUAUUCAUCACUUUGGAGAAAUUUUGGACACCUUAAUUCCCAGAAGAAGAAUAUUUGUCAGGUUGUAGUAGGAAAUUCACAGUGUUAGCAUAAGGAAGAAUACAUUCAUAUUCUCCAGUAGCAAAAGUACACUUCAAAUUGAAGCAAUGUACUUGAAUGUACAUUAAGCUUAUCAGCACUUUCCAAUCAUCUGAUGUUUUGCAAAGAACCAACUUCCCUCAUGACCUGCAUUUGACACUAUUACAAAUAAAACAUUGCAUUUAACUGA